UCUGGCAGGGCUGGGGAGGAUGCUGAGGCGGUCGCUGCAGCGGCCCAGACGGCAGGGAGGGGGGCUGCCGACUCAGCGCUAGGCCGGGCCGGGCGCUGUGGAGCUCCAAAGGGACCUGGAAGGGAGUAGCAGCCGCCGCCGCCGCGCCAUGCCCGGGCCCCCAGCAGCGCCCCCCGGGCCGGACCCGGAGGAGCGCUACGAUUUCCUCUUCAAGCUGGUGCUGAUCGGCGACGCCAGCGUGGGCAAGACGUGCCUGGUGCAGCGUUUCAAGACCGGGGCCUUUGCCGAGCGCCAGGGCAACACCAUCGGCGUGGACUUCACCAUGAAGAGCCUGGAGAUCCAGGGCAAGCGGGUCAAGUUGCAGAUCUGGGACACAGCUGGGCAGGAAAGGUUUCGGACCAUCACCCAGAGUUAUUACAGAAGCGCCAAUGGAGCUAUCCUAGCCUAUGACAUCAGCAAGAGGGGCUCAUUCCAGUCUAUUCCUCGCUGGAUCGAGGAUGUGAGAAAGUAUGCUGGCUCCAAUAUAGUUCAGUUACUAAUUGGAAACAAGUCUGACCUAAGUGACCUUCGGGAGGUUCAGCUAGAGGAAGCUCAGAGUCUGGCUGAACACUAUGAUAUCAUCUGUGCCAUAGAGACUUCUGCAAAGGACUCCAGCAACGUGGAGGAGGCGUUUGUGAAGAUGGCAACAGAGCUCAUGAUGAGGCACGGAGGCCCCAUGUUCAGUGAGCAAAACACAGACAGCAUCAAACUUGACAGCAAGGAUGUAGUAGAAGGAUGGGGGUGUGGCUGCUGAUACAGUUUAUGACAGCUGUCAUUUUUUAAACUGGAAUUUAGAGGGUACCCUUCUUUCACACACAAAGCAAACUCCUCCGUGCUGCAUAAUACAACAGCAGUAUCCUCUUCUGCAAGCCCACUGCUUUUGUAGGUUAGACAUUUAAUAUAUGCAGGAUAUUUUUUUAAAUAUGAAGUGACUUCGUUAUACAGGCCUGAAAACCAACCCUCCAUGAUCAUUUCCCUCCAUCACCAGAGUCUUGUCAGAGAAAUGUGAGCCGUUUGAAAGUGAGUUGGCUAGGGGGAAGCAGAUGGGAUUUAUUUGUUGAAAAUGUCUGAACAACCAAUUGCUGUCUUACCAUUGUUGAAGUUGUACAGCCCUUUCUUGUCUUCUCUGUGGAGAUGCCACUUCUGUUUUUAGGCCAGUGAGAGUUGCCACUGCCUCUGUAAAUUCUCAACAUUCCACCAGGAAUCAGAAACUACACAGGGUCACAGAGUUUCUCUGCACGGGUGUUUCAAGUAUCAAAUACUUGAAUGUUUUUAAUACAGGUCAAAGGAGCUGACAUUCCCCCAAAAUGAGGAGCCUCCAUAGAAAUUAUAUUUUCCUAGACAUAAAAGUGCCACAGUUGGGGUGGGGGUACCUAAUUCCACUGGAGAACACUCUGCUGGGCAGAUUUUUCCCUGAUGUUUUUCAAAUGAGUAGACUGAUCCAUUUUAUAUCCACCUCUGUACAUUUGGUCCUAAAUGCAUUUCAUUGCAUUUAAGUCCCAUUUAUUUAAGUAAUACAUUCUUGGGAUAAAUGUCUGUGAAAUUCAUUGAACUCUUUUCUAAGUAAAUAGCUUUUAGGCUGUUAAACAUGUCCAUCAUUGCUUGUGCAAUCCUUUGACGAUGAUGUAAAUUUUAAUCCCCAACUCAAAAUUCACAUCCAGAAUAAUGAGAAAGAAGAUCACUUGAAAAACCUUUUAAAGCCAUCAGCUACUUUAAUUGCUUGAAUACAUUCAACCAGUUCAUCAGCUACUUGUGGUUUCACAUGCUGAGCAUGAAUGUUGUUGCUUGGCUGUUUUCUGUGUAGGAUGUAAUUUUGUGAAACAUGGGCCUUCAGGUAAUUUCAAACAACACACCAUCAUCUGUUAUUUGGUCUCUGCGGAGCAGUUUUGUUUAGAAGUUGCUUUUAGAUAAAUGGUGUCGAAGCUGCUGUGUAGCUAGGUGUGGACUAUAUUGCUGACUUUUCCUAUAUGAAUGAAUCACCUGUCUUUCAUAUAGUAAUUGUUUGCCUCAGCCUGCAUCACAAAUUGCCUCAUUAAUUCCUCAAAUGAGGCAGAUUUUCUGAUUUGUGAAAGGACAAAUUUGUAUUACUUAACACAUCCCUGCCUUCACUUCCAGAAUCCUACUCAAAUCUGUGGGGCUUUAAACCACCUCACCACCCCCAGGAAAGUGUUCUUCGGAUUGUAUUGUGCAAAAGUCUUCAGUUUGUUCAUCAGAUCAGCUGGGCAGAAUUUGACCAAGGAGCCUUCUCCCAACAGCAGAGCCAUUUACAUUGGAGGAAGGUUUCAACCUUGGCUUGGCAGAGUGGGAGAAUAAGGGUAGGAACCUCCUGGCUGUUUGUGCUCAGCAUAUUUAACUUGAACAAUCUUGGCAGAUGUUUGAGGUUAAAUUUAUGUCUGAAACUUAAAAUGCAGGUGUUGGUCACAGUCAGUUUCUGUCUCUGAGCACCUGAAAUGUAGGAAAAGAAGACAGAAUAGAAUAGAAUUUCAGUGAAUCCACAUCAAGGGUCAGUAGAAGUGGCUACCUCAAUAGUCCAGGCUUCCCCAGCCACAUUAUCUCUGGCUUAGAUGGAUUUAGGUUCAACCAACUCUCACCUAGCCAUUCCACAACAGGAGGCCAAGACCAGCUGGUCACUCUUCAAAUGAUCCGUAGAGCUGGGUAUCAUCUGCAUAUUGAUAGCUCCCCACUCCAAACCUCCUGACUAUCUCAGCUGGAGGGUGCAUGUAGAUGUUAAAUAACAUUGGGAAGAGAACUCCACAAGUUAGGGCCUUCAGUGAUGACCUCUCUCCACCCACAAUUGCCCUUUGGGACUGACCCUGGAAGAAAGAGGAGAACCAGCUCAAGGCCGUACCCCUCACCCCCUUCCAUGGAGGCUAGGCAGAUGAUCAGAACCUAGUGGUCUACUGUGUCCAAGGCAGCUUGUCAACCAGGGUGACCAGGGCUGUCUCAACCCAAACCCCAGCUGGAAGCUGGAUUGGGAGGGAUCUAGGGCACAUGUCUCAUCCAGGAAUUUCUGCUUGUAUUUUAAAAUAGGGUCUUUAAUUCAGGUUCUAUAAAGGCAAAAAGUAAAAGGGGCCUUAAUUUCAAGUAGAUAGAUCCCAGUAGGUAGCUGUGUUGAUCUGAAGCAAUAGAACAAAGCAGUAGACAAGUGCACCUUUAAGACCAACUAAGUUUUAUUCGGAAUGUAAGCUUUCUGAUGAAGUCUGCUUAACAGCAUACGAAAGCUUACAUUCUGAAUAAAACUUAGUUAGUCUUAAAGGUGCACUUGUCUACUGCUUUGCCUUAAUUUCAAGUUAGGGUUGUUUUUACAACUGUGUUAUGCUUGGAAACACAGGAGAAGGUGUGAUUAAGAGAUGUUGUUUUUAAGUAACAUUUUGUAUCAGGCUGUUUCUGGUCUUCCUUAGCCAAAGCACCGAUUGACUACCAGGCUGUCAUCAUCCUUGGCUGUGAAAUGCUUGGACUGUAAAUGCUACUUCACAGGCGCUGCCAUCACAAAGGAGUGGAAGCUGCUUCCUAGUCCGCCCAUCAGUUCUAGUUCAAAUCCUAGGCUGCUUUGCUUGUGCAGGAAACUUUCUCAUUAGAACCAUGCUUUGUUCAGAGCUAUGAGCUGUAAGGGUCUGCUUCAGUUAUCUGUGUAGAGCCAUUUUGAUUUUGGUGCAUCAUAUAGAAAAUGAUGUUGUGAGUGCCUGUUUGGGGAUGAUACUGUCGAUUGUGCUACCUGUUUAGUAUUGCUAAGGUUUGUGUAAGCAGAAUUAAAAGUGUGAUAGCAGGAUUGGAGUCACACUUUUUACACAUGCAGCCACACACACACAAAGUCCUCCUUACUUUUGUCAGGUACCCACUUUCAGGCUGCCUAACGUCAAGUUCUUCUGGGAAGGUUCUAUUUUCAACAGUUGGAGAUCAUGAAGUAGUUCCAUCAGCUGCCUGGCAAUUUUGUUGCUGUGUUCCCGUUCUUCUGAAGAGGAAAUACCAGUUGGUAUGGUUGCUACUGUAGUUUCCAAACUAACAUCUUCAGACUCCAGGGAACCUGAAGUUUCUUUGGAUCUCUUCCAUGGUAUUCUUGUGCUGGCAUUUAAAAAAGAAAUCCUAGGAAUUGCCUAUAUUUUUCUGGAAUUAAUCCUUUGCUUUAAAUUCAUGCCUAUUUUAAAACGAGCCUGUUCACACUGUAUAAACUGCUGCAGUUCCUAUUGUGAUGUGGCUUAAUUAGGAAAAAGCAGUAUAAUGUUAGAGCUUUAUCCAAGUUCUGUUUCAAUGAAAGCCCUCAUAGUCCUUGUUGAAUGGGGCUGAUUUUCACUACAAGGUUUAGGAUUUUCUCCAGGCCAUUUAGAGAUCAUAUGGGGGUUCAUAAAACUUUUGUGACAUCUGCUGCUAACCUAGACAGAUUUGAGAUCAGACAAGCAGAGACCAAUGCCAACCAAUUUUGUUUUCUCCCUUUGACCAAUCUAGUGAAUUUUUUUUUGUGUGGAUGUUUGGUAAAAGUAUAUGAACUGUGAGUUGCUUAGGCCAAGAAAAAUGCCAGCUGCUGAAACCACCUAUGUCUGUGACACGUGUCUUUGGAGGUAUUUUAGAGUAAAAUGAUGGUGAUAAGGUUGCAGCUGAGGAGUGUCCCCAGUGGGGAACGUAUAGCUGUGUGCUUGGUUGGAGCAGAGGCUCCCUUCCAAGAACACUGUGAUUUGGACUUCAGCCUGAUGCCUUACAAGGUGAUGAUGGAGAUAGUAAUAACAAGUACAUGGGGGCUGGUGACUAUGACUGGGCCUGUCAUGUGACUGGAUAGGAGGAAAUGGCUAGAUAUUUGUAUGCAGAAAAAGUACUGUGCAAGUGUGUACCUCCUGCAGUGGCAUGCAAUGCUUAUAGCCCUUGGGUCUCACCUGGGGAAGGAGUCAGAAUGUGCCACAGAAUGAAGGUGUGGGUCUGUAUCACAUUGGGCUUAGGUAGAUCUUUCGUUUCUAAAACGGGAACUUGGCAAGAAAAUGUUGGGGAGGGGAAUUUUAUCACUGGAAAGAAAUUCAAUGUUUAAAUUUUCUCUCAGUCUUCGUAAUAGGUUUCCCAGAAAUGCAGGAAAGCUUGUUAUAAUCUAAGAGGGUGUUCAUCUCUUGAAUGAACUUUCCCUCAUGAAGAUCUAAAAAUCAUCAUGCAGCUGAAAGGCUGGAAAACAUGGAUUUAUUUGUAACAAAGAAAUCACAUUUCUGAUCAUCUCUUUCCCUUUCUUCACCUCAGGGCUGGUUCAUGCAAGCCUUUGAUGUUGCAGUAAUGUGGAUAUCUGUUGCGAAUUGAUGGUUGAAAUGGCAGCAGAGCAACCAGUAAGUUGCUUUGCUUCUUCAUGGCCAGAUCAUUAGCUUAUUGGGAGCUGACCCCCUGCCAUGUGUAGUUGUGGAGGCUGCCUAGUCUAGUUAGGCAUUAUUAAAAUAUAUUGAGGCCACAGUCCUGUGUAUUACUUGGGAAUAAGUCCCACUGAACUCAGUGAGGCUUGCUUCUGAGUAGACUUGCUGAAAAUUGCAUUGCUUGUGUUCAGCUUUUUUUUUCACAGUACUGUAAAAGUGUAGUUCAUUUAAAAUAAUAAAUUUGUUUUUAUCAUUACGGUUAGAUCAGAAUUCAGCACAUUUGUAUGGCCUGUAGGAAUACCAAAGACACGCAAAGUAGAAGAGUAGGACUGAUACAUCUGACUUUGUCAAGUACAGAACUUAGGCUCAAUAGGAAAAGUUUCAAAUAUACCAAUGAAAGCAUAUGACAUACAUCAGAUUGUGAUGAUGAUAUUGGAUGAUGAAUUGUAUGGAAAACCAUUCUCAGACUUAGAGGCACUUCAAACAUGCUAGACUUCAUUUAGAAGAAGCACAUUUUGUGGUGUAUAGUAUGCACAAGAAGCAUAUUUAUGGCACAGAAACCUUUGCUCUUAGAAUACAUUCUCCUGUCCAAAAUAGAUUGCAUUGUGUUUUACCCUUUAAAAUAGGGUACUUUUUGUACCAGAGGUUUUUUUAAAAAAGAAAAAAGAAAUACACAUUGCCCUUAAGAUUGGGUUCUAGUUAUGUCCAAAUUAAUUUGGUUGUUUUGUAGUGUAAAUGUGCAGUGAUGCACAUGAAGUGAGUGAUUUAGUAGCAUGUGACUGGUGUUUAUGGCAUAAGCAUUAGCAAACUGUUUCCUGGUAGCUGAACAUUAACUAGACUGAAGGACUUCUUAGAGUUUUAGAUAGAGUUCUGUUCAUAGCAGGCAUUGCUCAGCCUUAAACGAAUGUUUAUUCGGAAUAGUAAUUGUUUGUGUUUCAGAAUUUCCAGUUUAAGGCUAUAUGUCAUAGAAAAUGUAAAAAGAACUAUUUCCUUACUGGCAUACAAGAUCAAAUCUAGUCUUUGUGAUAAAGCAAAGAAAAUACAGCCUCUAAAUACUUACUGAUUUCCCAGCUGUUAUGUGGAGAGUAAUUAUCCACCUGGAUCUAUCCACACAAAUAUUAUUUUUAAAAUAGCAUAGCAUCUUGCAUUUUUUGUUUUAUGAUAGCCAGCCUAUGAAUCUCUGGCAAAGUUCAUCAUGAUGUAUAGUCUAUGCAAAUAUUUGUUAGUGCUCAAUGUCUAUUUAGCACAGUGCCUUUCCUCUUUGUUUUAUAUAAAACUUUAAAGGAACAACAUAACAGGUAAAAUUGGAAAAAUAUAGACAUGGACACCUAUUAUGUUGCUCUGGAUAUUGGCACAGUACUAUAUUGGAUGUUUGUGGAAAGAAAAAUGGAAAGAAUUCUGCAAGUUACAUCUAAGUUUGGGGAAGCCCUGCCUAAAUUGAAAGCCAGAAGUUCCUGCCUUUCCCAAAGGAAGACUUCGCCCUUUGCUUCUACCCCAUCUGGCUUUUUUGUUAAUGUGCAAAGCCAAUCAACUCUUUGCUAUAAAGCCAGGUGUUUUGGGUAUUGUGGCAUGUCUCUCCGCUGCUGUUCUGCUGGCUUUGAAAUCUUUCAAGCUUGGCACUGCAGGAGCAGAAGCAGUUUCCUGCCUCUCUUGCCUCUGUGUGUGUUUUCCUUUCCUUCUUCCUGCACCACCCAAUCUUUGUUGGCCCUGUGCAGGGCUUCUGGUUUCUGGUGGCAGCAUCAGAAUACACUGAUUGGGUGGCUGCAGUUUCUGAGUUAUUCAGAUGGGCAGAAGUGAAAAAAAAUCUAGAAUGUGAAGAACAGAGUAGUAGGAAAUUAUGCCAAAUAUGGAUGAGGGUUGAGUGGAUAGUAACGUAUGUUGAUGUAACUUCUGGACAAAUUAUAGGAUUAGUUCCACAUGAUUGAGGAGUAAGCAAUCUACCUCACUGCAUUGCAACCCUAGGUUCUAUUAAUUUGUACAGCUAGUGAGGCAUUCUACAGAGGAUAGUACUUACUGGGACAAUCUAGAAUGCUUAGAUAUUAUGGACACUGAAAAUGUUUAUGUGGUUAUUUUAGCUUCUCUGAUUUGUAGGUCAAGGCAAACUGCUAGAAUGGUUCACAUGGAUGCUACUAUAUUGAUACUACUCAAAGACCUCUUAUUAAGGCACAAAUAAGAUUUCAACAUGCAGAAUUUUAUGUUAUUUGUAUUGUGUUAAGCAAACAAUAGCAUGUUUUCCCUCUGAGACACUACCUCCUCACCUUUCCUUUCGCAACAGAAGAAAACUCCACUGCCUCUUGUUAAGUUCUGCAAUUUUUGGAUUCCUGCUGGACAAUUAAUGAACAGCACUCCCUGAGUGAGGCUGUGUAGCACCAAGCCCUCAAAAGAGGUCUGCUUUAAGCAGCAACCAGCUGUGCACUGAUCAGUCUGGUGAGUUAGGAACCACAUGGACAGAUCAGUAUUCCAGUGCAUCUGUGUUAUGAUGAGUAUCCUCUAAUGCCUGUCCCUGUUCAGCUAAAGUGUCAAUAGGAAUGGAACUCUGCCGUCUUGGGCACUGGUACAUGCUCCUAUUUCUGGAUCUGAAUAUUGCUGUGUACUCAGAAUUGUGAAUGUGUGGGACAUUAAGACCUUAAAACUCCCAUACAAAAUGGUGUUGUUAAAAUUUGGAGAAACACUGGAAAACAUAAGUCUCAAAAUUCAGGACAGCUGUUUCAUGCACUAAAGAAGAUGUUUUUAUUACAAGAAACUGCCUUGAAAAUGAAAGGCAUAAGUGAAACAGAUCUGGACUUCCUGUUGUGCAACAAAUGUAUAAAUAAUCUAAAAAUGGAGACCCUAGUCCAGAGAAACAGUAGUGCACAAGGCAACAGUCCAGUACACACUUUAGUGUCAGUCCUAGUGAAAUCACUGGUGCUUCCAAAAUCAGAUUAAAAUCAUUGGGACAAAUUAGUCAAUAGCAGUAGUGGGUGAACUCCCUGUGGCUCAAAUAUUAACCACCUCACUAGUUAACACAGAAUUUGUAAACAGUUAACAAAGAUGGCUUUCUUUUAAGAGAUUUAAAUUGUUUCUUGUUUGCAUGUACUUCUGCUUGGGAAUUGGCGUGUAGGUGCAGGGUGAGCAUAAGAGUAUUGCCUAGGCAUCAACAUGAUGCUCCCUUUUCUCUUCCUACUGUACAUCACCGCAGCAGCAUACCCAUGUUACCAGCAUUAUUAUGGGGGAUGGGGAGGCAAUAGUAGCACAGGCAGCUACUCUGGUUGUUAAAUUUGCAAACUGUUCAUGUUAGUUACAGUAUGAUCAAUUAUGGGAUCAUAGUGAUCAAUUUCUGUGUGCUAAGAGAGGUUACCAGUCUCAGUUACAGAAUCUGACAAAGGCAGAGGUGUGGCACAAAAGUGGCACAUAGAUUCAAAAUACUUCCAUUUAAAAAUGAAGUAAGUUCAAGGCACAAGGGCUUAACUUGAGAUAAAGUAUUACACUCGGGCAUUUUAGCCAAUUGUCGCAACUUUGUGAUACCACUUGUGACAGCUACCUUAAGUUCCAGAUAUUGUAGCGGACCUUGUGUGUGACUUACUUUUGAGUGGAUUACAUACUUAAGUAUAUCAGCAAAUAUUUUGAUGAUAAUAGGUCAGCACAUAUAGCACCCCUAGUUCAGUUUACAUUAAAUGAUUUAAUUGUAUGUUGCUUAGCUCAUCCUUUGUUUGGCUGUUUGACCAUUUCUGCCAUUUGUCUACCCUCCCCUUCUUUACAUCCAUUAGGGGAAAAGAUAUGCAAACACAUUGACAUGAAUUUGACAAGUGCAGGAUUACUCCCAUGACUCAGAUGUGAACCUGUAUUGCAAUACAAUCCAUUGCUUUUAGUGAAAAGGCCUUAGUCUGGCCUGUAGGACACAGCCUGAAAGUGUAAUUUGAAAGUUCAACAAUGUUAGAGACUCCAUCAGGUGGGGAUGCAGGGCUGUGCUUGCUAGCAGAGGCUGGGAUCUAACAGAGCUAGUGUCUUGGGCAUUAUUUUUUAAAUGGGGCUGUUACUUUCAAAGAAAUCAAUAGUGUUGAAUGCUGGUUCGGUCUUUGGAGGUUCCUCAUGUACUGUGUUGUCAGUGGCAUUUCCUGCUCUGAAAUAGUGCCUCGCUUAUUGAUAAUGGGUGAGUAGAAAAUCUUGUGUCCCAGGGACACACAGUUUCCACUAGCUGCAAUGAGAAAGCCUGGCUCAAAUACUUAGUGGGGAGAGAGCUCUAAUUCAUAUUGAAUUCACUCACUUCAUUCCAAAAGGACUUAAGGCUUUGAAGAACUCCAGUGUUACUGAAGUGUUCUGCGUUUUCUAGAACUGUUUUAUUGCUUCUAAUAAUCAAGGCUUCUGGGAACAGGCACAGAGCACAUCUUUCUGAUCACUGGCAACUGUCUUGCUUUUCCAAGCCAAGUGUUUACCGGAAAAGGUUAAAUGCAAGAUUUCAAGGGAACAAAGCUUGCAUAUAAUAGUCAAUUUUGAUAUUUUACUGUCGCCUAUUUAUGAAUUUAUUAAAAAAAUUAUUUUUAAAAACUAUGAAACCUACGUUUUUUGUAAAUUUUAGCCGUCUGUAGCAAAUACAUUGUAUUGUGUAUUAUUAAAAUUAAAAGGAGCAUUUGUCUAUUAA